AUGACCUGUCUUCUAGGUACUUUAUUACACAACACAGUGUUCACUAGUCUAACAGGUACUUUAUUACACAACACAGUGUUCACUAGUCUUCUAGGUACUUUAUUACACAACACAGUGUUCACUAGUCUUCUAGGUACUUUACUACACAACACAGUGUUCACUAGUCUUCUAGGUACUUUAUUACACAACACAGUGUUCACUAGUCUUCUAGGUACUUUACUACACAACCCAGUGUUCACUAGUCUUCUAGGUACUUUAUUACACAACACAGUGUUCACUAGUCUAAGUCUUCUAGGUACUUUAUUACACAACACAGUGUUCACUAGUCUUCUAGGUACUUUACUACACAACACAGUGUUCACUAGUCUUCUAGGUACUUUAUUACACAACACAGUGUUCACUAGUCUUCUAGGUACUUUACUACACAACACAGUGUUCACUAGUCUAACAGGUACUUUAUUACACAACACAGUGUUCACUAGUCUAACAGGUACUUUAUUACACAACACAGUGUUCACUAGUCUUCUAGGUACUUUAUUACACAACACAGUGUUCACUAGUCUUCUAGGUACUUUAUUACACAACACAGUGUUCACUAGUCUUCUAGGUACUUUAUUACACAACACAGUGUUCACUAGUCUAACAGGUACUUUAUUACACAACACAGUGUUCACUAGUCUAAGUCUUCUAGGUACUUUAUUACACAACACAGUGUUCACUAGUCUAAGUCUUCUAGGUACUUUAUUACACAACACAGUGUUCACUAGUCUAAGUCUUCUAGGUACUUUAUUACACAACACAGUGUUCACUAGUCUUCUAGGUACUUUAUUACACAACACAGUGUUCACUAGUCUAAGUCUUCUAGGUACUUUAUUACACAACACAGUGUUCACUAGUCUAAGUCUUCUAGGUACUUUAUUACACAACACAGUGUUCACUAGUCUUCUAGGUACUUUAUUACACAACACAGUGUUCACUAGUCUAAGUCUUCUAGGUACUUUAUUACACAACACAGUGUUCACUAGUCUUCUAGGUACUUUAUUACACAACACAGUGUUCACUAGUCUUCUAGGUACUUUAUUACACAACACAGUGUUCACUAGUCUUCUAGGUACUUUACUACACAACACAGUGUUCACUAGUCUUCUAGGUACUUUACUACACAACACAGUGUUCACUAGUCUUCUAGGUACUUUACUACACAACACAGUGUUCACUAGUCUAAGUCUUCUAGGUACUUUAUUACACAACAGUGUUCACUAGUCUUCUAGGUACUUUAAUACACAACACAGUGUUCACUAGUCUUCUAGGUACUUUAUUACACAACACAGUGUUCACUAGUCUAACAGGUACUUUAUUACACAACACAGUGUUCACUAGUCUAACAGGUACUUUACUACACAACACUGUGUUCACUAGUCUAACAGGUACUUUAUUACACAACACAGUGUUCACUAGUCUUCUAGGUACUUUACUACACAACACAGUGUUCACUAGUCUAACAGGUACUUUACUACACAACACAGUGUUCACUAGUCUAACAGGUACUUUACUACACAACACAGUGUUCACUAGUCUUCUAGGUACUUUACUACACAACACAGUGUUCACUAGUCUAAGUCUUCUAGGUACUUUAUUACACAACAGUGUUCACUAGUCUUCUAGGUACUUUACUACACAACACAGUGUUCACUAGUCUAACAGGUACUUUAUUACACAACACAGUGUUCACUAGUCUUCUAGGUACUUUACUACACAACACAGUGUUCACUAGUCUAACAGGUACUUUACUACACAACACAGUGUUCACUAGUCUAACAGGUACUUUACUACACAACACAGUGUUCACUAGUCUAACAGGUACUUUACUACACAACACAGUGUUCACUAGUCUAACAGGUACUUUACUACACAACACAGUGUUCACUAGUCUAACAGGUACUUUACUACACAACACAGUGUUCACUAGUCUAACAGGUACUUUACUACACAACACAGUGUUCACUAGUCUUCUAGGUACUUUACUACACAAGUGUUCACUAGUCUUCUAGGUACUUUACUACACAACACAGUGUUCACUAGUCUUCUAGGUACUUUACUACACAACAGUGUUCACUAGUCUUCUAGGUACUUUACUACACAACACAGUGUUUACUAGUCUUCUAGGUACUUUACUACACAACACAGUGUUCACUAGUCUAACAGGUACUUUACUACACAACACAGUGUUCACUAGUCUAACAGGUACUUUAUUACACAACACAGCGUUCACUAGUCUUCCGGGAACAGCAGGAAAAAUUCCUGACAGAAUUGAGAGAAAAUCUGCAUUUAUUCAUCAAAUGUUGUAUCU